CGACUCUUACGAUCUUCUGCGGUGCAGAAAAUGGGAACGGAGACGGAGGAGAGGAAUCCGGUGGCUCUUUUCAUGGCUUUCGGUACCAAAGGCGAUGUCAACCCAAUUGCUGCCAUUGCUGCAGCUUUUGCUCAUGAUCAGAAUCAAUAUCAUGUGGUUUUAGUAACACACUCAGCACAUGAGAACUUAAGGUCCCAUUUGGAAGACAGACAUGUUACUUUUCUUCCUAUUAAAUCGCCAUCUGUUAUUUCUAUUCAUGAGAGUUAUAAUUCCACAGAGACAGAGGAAUCUGCUUUCUCACUUCAGAAAAGGAUUAUCUCAAGAGAGCACAGACGAAAAUGCUAUUCUGUAGUUGAAGGAAUUUUUGGACAUGGCCCAAGCAUGGAGGGUGAUUUUAUUGUGAUCAAUUUUUUUGCAUUGGAAGGGUGGAGCCUUGCGGAACAUUUUCGUGUUCGUUGUGUAGUUGCUUCUCCUUAUGUUAUUCCAUACAGUGCACCUUCAUCAUUUGAGCAUCAAUUCAGAAAAGAGCUUCCCCUUCUCUAUGAAUAUCUCCAAGAAGCUCCGACUAACAAGGUUUGCUGGAAAGAUGUGAUUCACUGGAUGUGGCCACUUUUUACUGAAAAUUGGGGAUCAUGGAGAAGUGAUGAUUUGAACCUGAGUCCUAUUCCUUUUACAGAUCCUGUAACGGGCCUUCCCACUUGGCAUGAUUGGCCACCAUCUCCCCGCCUCUUGUAUGGGUUUAGCAAAGAAAUUGUUGAAUGCCCAGAUUAUUGGCCAUCACAAGUUCGUGUUUGUGGGUUUUGGUUCCUCCCUAUUGAAUGGCAGUUUACAUGUAAGAAAUGUGGACAAAUUUCAGCAAUUUUUUCUCCUGGGACUAGAACAAAGGACGAAAUAUGUGCAGCUCAUGUAAAGUUACAAUGUUUUUUGAGGACAACAGUGCCACCUGUUUUUAUAGGACUAAGUUCUGCUGGAAGCAUGGGUUUUUUGGAGCACCCUGAAGCAUUCCUUAGGGUUAUUCAAACUGUCCUGGAGAUCACAAAUUUCAAAUUUGUCCUUUUUACUUCAGGUUAUGAGCCUUUGGAUGAAGCAAUCCAAGUUGUUGCAACCAAAACUUUGCAUUUUGAUCAAAGGCAGUACAGUGAAGAGGGGGUCUGUCUCUUUGAUGGCCGCCUAUUCUGCUUUCCUAGUACGAUACCAUACAAUUGGCUAUUUAAAAAAUGUCUGGCUGCUGUUCAUCAUGGGGGAAGUGGAUCAACUGCUGCAGCUCUAUAUGCGGGAAUCCCACAGGUACUAUGUCCAUUUAUGUUGGAUCAAUUUUAUUGGGCUGAGAGGAUGUACUGGCUUGGAGUUGCUCCAGAACCAUUGAAAAGAAACCAUUUGGUUCCUGAUAGAAUGGAUGACUUCAGAAUCAGGGUAGCUGCAAAUGUGCUAUCAAGAGCCAUAGCUUAUGCAUUAUCUCCUGAAGUUAAGGAAUGUGCUCUAAAAAUUGCUGAAAUGAUCUCUCUCGAGGAUGGAGUUAUGGAAGCUGUAAAGGUUCUUAAGCAAGAGAUGACUUGUUCAAAUUAGAUUGUCUUUGGACUUGCGAAGAUAACUCCUAUUAUCAUAAAUUUUUUGCUUUCUUGAUUUUAGUCUGUGUCACUUGCCAGGAGAUCUCUGUAUGAUAUAUAGUGAUACUGAGAUUAAAGCACAGCCUGGGGUCUUUAGGAUGUCAGCGUCAAUUAAUGCAACUAGGUAGCGGCGGUGAUUCCAAAUGUUGUUUUUCCAACCGUUGCAUUUUUUUUCCAGGAAACUAAAGGAAAGCAUCCUGAUUCUCAUAA